AUGCCCAACCUUUUCGGCACCCUACCCACUCGUGCGCGCCAACGGGCCGUAUUACAUGACCAAGCCCGCAGCCAGGCCAUGAAGAACCUCAACGACAUUUACAAGCGAGUGGAGCGGUACGACAACACACAUAUCCACCCUCAAUCAUACGCAUCUUUGGACAUUAAGUGUGGAACUUUCUUGCUCGACAGGGAUGGAAAAUCAUUGGACGCAAAAGAAAAUUGCUCCUUGCCCUUUUUUGAACCCCGGGGCGCCUCUUGGAUUCCCAAUCUCAACAUAACAGAUGCUCGUAUGCGCGAGACAUUUCAAGUCUUCAACGAUAACUGGGAUGCAGUUUUGACAAGUGGUCUCAUGCGGGAGAGACCGAAGACCCAGGCAUAUUCUGUUUGUUCCUGGCUGGAGCACAUGUUUUCUUAUUUCACUCGUGAAAGUAGCCAUCCCAAUGUUGCCUCGCUGUCCAAGUGGAGACACAGUGGCAAGUUAAUCCCCGAGAUCUUUGCCGAAAGGUUUUACCUUGCCGCUUUCCCUUACAAUAGAUAUUCUACGUACGCAGUGUACGCGUCAAAGAAGCAGCUCUCAUCUACCAAAACAACAGCCCCACAUACCCUCAUUACCAUUGCGAUCGGCGAAGAGCCGAGUGAAGACCUUUUCAAAGCAGAGGCUAUGAUCAUUGCUGCGGCCAUGAUCUCACGCCUAGAGGGCGAUGAGUGCAAGGCGUAUAGCGUCAUUCCAAUAACGCUAGUCACAGCAAUGGGUGGAAUGCAAGCUCGUGUCAUUCAAGCGCAUUCUAGCGGGCAAUCCCUUGUCCUGAGCAAGACCAAAGUCUUUGAUUUUGCGACAAAUCAGAUGGCAACAGCGAACAUCGACAUUCUCCUAGGCCUUAUGGGCUCUGACCAGGUCGGAGAUCCAGCAGACCCCGACCACAUUCUGAAGGUUGAAGUACAACAAGUCGUGACCCAGCAAGGCUCGGACCAUAAAAGAUUCCAAAGUAUUCGCAAAUUCUUCCGGCCUGCGCGUGAAACUUCAGCAGCUUCAUGGGAGAGCCGAAAAUGCUCUACACCACGGCCUCAGAUCCCUCAACCUUGGCGUUUGUAG